AUGCCAAAUUAUGUUUCACAGGUAAGUGAUACCAAGUUACAAGAAACAGAUAAAGAACAAAAGAUCUACAGCGAUCUUGGAAGUGAACAAGAAUGUGGAGAAAUAGAACCUCUUGAACUGGAGGUUGAAAAAGUAAGAAUGAGUGUUGAUGGUGAAUCUCCUCAACAAGCUAAAGGUUCUAGAGAAGCAAGGGUUGAAAAAGGGGCAGAUGAAGGAAAUGGACAAGGGCUAGAUGAUUUUAACACUCCCUCCAACCCGUCAUUGGAAGUUGAUUCACCAAGGUACAAGUCCACUAUGGUGCAUGACAGCAUUGGCCUUGAAUCACGAGAAGAAGCAAGGGUUGAAAAAGGGGCAGCACAACUCAAACAAGAUGUCACAUCAGAAAAUGGACAAGGGCUAGAUGAUUUUAACACUCCCUCCAACCCUUCAUUGGAAGUUGAUUCGCCAAGGUACAAGUCCACUAUGGUGCAUGACAGCAUUGGCCUUGAAUCACGAGAGGAUCAUUUGUCACGAACAGAUUCCGGUUCAACAUUAGUUCCAAAUACCUAUAAUGAGAUAUCGUUGGAUAAUAUUUGUGGAACAAUAUUGCACCAAUCAAAAAAGGAUGCAAUUGCAGUUAUUGAUGAACUGAACAAAAGGAUUGAAAUCUUGGAGAAGGAAAAGAAGAGCAUGGAGAAUGAAAUCUUGGAACUUCAUGAAGAAAAGCAAAAAACUCUUCAACAUCAAAUGGAGGAAAUUGAAAUUCUGAAGCGGGAACUUGAAGAGAAGGAUUUAUACAUCUCCAAAUUAUGCAAGAAAAACGAAGCCCUUGAAAAACUCUACAAGCAGUAUGAGGAACAAGUUCAACAUUAUGAAACACAUGAGUUAACACAAGGAUAUAAUGUUGAAACGGAAAGACAAGUGCAUCAAGUGACACAGAAGGCCACAUUUGACACUAUAAAGGAACUGCGGGAAGAGAGAGAUCAGUUGGAGGGGGAAUUGAUAAACAUUAAAGUUCAUGAAGUGACACAACAAGUAAGGGCUGAAAAAGUGCUUCAAAUUUCAAAGAAGAAAAGUCCACCGUCAAAGUUUAAGAGAGUGAAAGAAAGAGAUGAUAGGAAGACAAAUUUCUGCGAGAACUAUGUGUAUGGAAAGUUAAAGAGGAAAAGUCCACAAGUAGAGUUUGUUGAUGUAGACGACUUGCAAGAAACUUCUUUGGCAAAUCAAGUGCGAAAGCCAAAAAAGAAACUGAAGGACUUGAAGAAGUGCAAUACUGAGAUGUCAAAACUCAUUCGUGGAGAAACUUGGUUGGCAAUUGAACAACUUUGGAAGACAGGAAAUUCUAGUGCUGUAAUAUGGAGUUCCGAAGCUGACAUGCUACACAUUGAAGUUGAAGACAUACAAAACCUGUUGUUUGAAGAUGCAAUAUCUAACCGGUGUCUAGAUGCAUAUGUAAAUGAGCUCAUGAAAAACCAUUCUGACGUUGUGCCGAAGUUUGACUUGAAUACUCCAGUACCGAAAUCAUUCAUCUUCAGCAGCUUCUUCCUGGACACGAUCCGAAACAAAGAGCAAAACAAAGUGAAGGCAAUGCUUGGAAAAGUAAUGAGAAAAUCUGUAGGGGCAAGAUUUCUUAUUUUUCCAAUACUCAUUCAAUUCCAUUGGACAUUGCUUGUUCUUGAUAAAGAUGAAGGACGUUGGAAGUUCUACAACUCUCUUAAACGUAGAAGUGCAAAAGAUGAACAUUGUAGUGCAACAAUACUCUUGAGGCAAGUUGUUGCGGCAUAUGUCAACAUUGACCAAAGAGAACCCUGCAGAAGAAGUAUUACUAAUGAAGUGGAGAUUCAGCAAAACUGCCCCCAACAACCAAUGGGAAGGAAAUGUUGA